AUGUCGGCAGCAGCAGCGGCACCAGGCCGUUCCGUCGGUCGCGGUGGCAAAUCAGACUUCUUGCACCACCCCAUUACUCGCAGUGUACUUCCCUUCCUGAACGGGGGAGCAGCAGGAAUGAUCGCAACGAGUGUUAUUCAGCCGGUAGACAUGGUCAAGGUCCGUAUUCAAUUAGCUGGCGAAGGUGUUCGCAAGGACGCCAUCCGACCCUCUGCUUUCAAAGUAGCCGGUGACAUAAUCAAGCAAGGCAAAUUCCUUGAUCUCUACAGCGGUCUCUCCGCUGGUCUUCUCCGUCAAGCAGUAUAUACAACAGCCCGAAUGGGAUUCUUCACAACGUUUAUGAAUAAAAUCACCACCAAUGCCAAGGCUGAGGGUCGUCCCGUAACAUUUGGCGAGAGAACGCUGGCAGCACUAUCCGCCGGUGGGUUAGGUGCAGUCUUGGGUAAUCCGGCAGAUUUGGCGCUUAUCAGAAUGCAAUCCGAUGGACUGAGACCCUUGGCGGAGAGAAAAAAUUACACUAGCGUUGCAUUGCCGCACUAUGGAAUGGUUGCUUGCCCACAGUUGCUAGAGCUAUGGCCCUCAAUUUCGGUCAAUUGGCCUUCUAUUCGGAGAGCAAAGCUCGAUUCGCAAAGAUCGAGGCAUUCGACAGUCGGGAGAGGAAUUGCAGCCAGCGCGGUUGCGGGCUUCUUCGCCAGUUUUUUCAGCUUGCCGUUCGAUUUCGUUAAAACCAGACUGCAGAAGCAAACCAAGGGUCCCGAUGGAAAGCUCCCGUACAAGGGAAGCUUGGACUGCGCCAUGAAGGUUGCUAAGGAGGAGGGACUGUUGAGAUUUUACAGAGGUUUCGGAACAUACUACGUUCGCAUCGCACCACACGCAAUGUUGACUGUUCUAUUCGCGGAUUGGUUCUUGAAGUUGACAGCAUAGAUCUCUAGGUAGUGGGGGGUAAGUUAGAUAGGGGGGGGGGUGGUUUUCGUCGGUUGUUGCGGCUGUUAAUUGUCUCCCAUGGCGCAUCGCUCGUUUUUCCAUACCCUUAUCAUAGGCAACUAAGGACCUCAAAAGGUACAGGAAUGGAUUCAAUGGAUCACGAUUGGGUUUUCUAGUUAUGAGGGGAAGGGAAACGGAUGCUUUUACUUUGUAUGUAGUGUUUUCGGUGAAGCAGGUGCUCGAGUGCCGGUAUCUUCACGGAAGGUUUGUUAGCAGUUCCCCU